AUCCCCGGCACGCAGCGGUCUGCCUCCCUCCCUUGUCCCCCCCUUCCAGGCAGCCCCAUCACAUGCAGGUCCUCCGGCUCCUGGCGGCGCGGCCAGGCGCCGCCGCGACCAUCACGGACGACGACGAGGGCCCCUUCUUCGACCUGGACUUCUCUUCCUCCUCCGUCCGGGCCUCCUCGACCAGCUCCACCUCGGCCUCCUCGGACGACGCCGCCCUCACGGACCUCGACCUCGCCAUCUCCCUGCACCGGAGCCGCUCCGCCUCGCCCUCCUACUACGACGCGCGCCGCCUCUCCCAGCUCCACUUAUUUCCCUCCCACGCGCCGCCGCUCCUCCUCAAGCCGGGCCCCGACGUCGGCCUGCAGGCGCACAGCUCCGCGGGCGCCGCUGCCAGCAGCACCACGAACGCCGCGCUGUACGGCCGCCGCCGCAGCAGCUCCGCCGGCAGCGGCGCGCGGUUGUCGCUGCGGCAAUUCAUGGAGUGCCCUACCACGCCGGGCGGCGACGGGGAGGCCGAGCGCGAGCCGCCGCCGCCCCGCGCCGCCGUCCGGCGGUACCUCGCCGAGAUCUCCGUGCGGCUGCGGCGGAGCGUGCGUCCCCGCCGCCUGCGCAAGAGCCGGUCCGCCGCAGCGCCGGCGACGCACCGCGACGACUCGCUGGCCGAGAAGCAGGACGGCAUUGCCAGCGCCAUCGCGCACUGCAAGGAGUCGCUCCACCGGGGGCUGGCGCUGGCCCCGUCCGUGUCACCGCAGUCGGGCCGGGCUGCAACGAGUCGCGGUCCUUUGGUUUUGUCUAGUUCUUAGUUUGUGUAAUGUUGGGUUGUUAGAGGCUUGGAAAAAAAACAAAAAAGAACUCUUUUUAGGCUUUCUUUACCCGCUCUAGGUAGAUGAGGAAAAGUUCGGGGCGCCAUGAUGGCGGCGACAGCAAAAGCCAAAAGGCGCCGCGCGCGUACGUACGGCAGGCCGCGGUUGGAC